AUGAUUCCAACACACAACCAAUCAACUAUUCCAGAAUUUUUCCUCUUGGGGUUCCAGCUUCUGCACAGAUCCAGAAUAAUUCUCUUCUCUACCCUUCUUCUGGUCUACAUUAUGACUUUAACGGGAAACCUUCUUAUUAUAAUACUGGUUUUAGCUAUUCACUAUCUUCGUUCUCCAAUGUAUUUCUUCCUUAGCCAGUUGUCUUCCUGUGACAUCAUACUCGCUACAUCUAUAAUUCCUGCAUUGCUCCAUAUAACCUUAGAAAAUGGGAUCCCUGUGUCAGUUAGUCAAUGUAUUGCUCAGUUCAAUUUCUUCAGCUUCUCAUCAGCUACAGAAUGUCUUCUUCUCACCAUGAUGUCCUAUGAUAGAUAUGUGGCUGUCUGUAAACCAUUGCAUUAUGUAACGAUAAUGAAUUUCCCAAUUUGUCUUAGUCUUGUGGUCUUGUCCUGGAUAUUUGGUUUUCUUCUCACACUGAUUUUUGUUAUCUUAUUAAGUGAUUUAACUUUCUGUAAUUCAAAGUACAUUGAUCAUUUUUUCUGUGAUAUUCUUCCUCUUGUACAGCUUUCAUGUUCUGAUACUACAGUUGUACGGACUGUGAUAUUUUUAGUCGGUGUUCCAGAGACUGUAAUUGAAACUGUGUUUAUAAUUUCUACGUAUGUUUGUAUCUUUCAUGCUAUACAUAGAAUAUCAUCCACCACUGGGAGACAAAAAGCCUUCUCCACAUGCAGCUCCCACCUUGCUGUCGUUUGCACAUAUUACGGGACUCUCAUUGCCAUUUACGUAUUUCCAUCAGGAGAGCAUUCAGCUGGAAUUAAUAAGAUUGUAUCCCUUAUGUACACUGUUGUUAACCCUUUGUUGAAUCCAGUAAUAUACAGUCUGAGGAACCAAGAAAUCAAGACAGCGAUUAUGAAAUUUUGGGGGAAAAUAAUAAGACGUUAG